AUGGCCGCAAGACUAAGACUGGAGUACAGAGAAAUUCAAGUCGACGAUCAUUUGUCAAGCCGAAUUCAACAGAUCAUGCCCUGGUCACCAAGCCAAGUCUGGACAGCCAGUCCUACCAAACUCCUAACUGUGAUGGUGACAGUGGAUCGCCCUGCAUUCUGCGCCCACAAUGGCAUUGGCACACAGCUGACCUUGCAAGAUGUAUUAGUCCGGUAUGUUACCACAGACGGUGACGCCCAAGGUGCCAAACAAGUGGACGAAGCCUUGCGAGCUCUACAUCCCCUAUGGACAACAGAGCGUCUAGCUGACCCCGUCCACCUUGGGCAGUCACAGUUCCGUGCCAGCAACCGAGCAGUCUAUAGCAAAGCAAUGUUCCAUACCAUGACCAAAGAACAGAAGAAAGAGCUACAGAGAGUAUUCAGCAAUGUUCUUAAGUCAAGAUAUAACCAUUUUUCAACCCAUCUAAGAGGAUUCCCUGGGUAUGUGAUCGCAGUAUUAGGUAUAGUGUACUUUUUUCUGUAUAUAGCGGUUUUUUGGGGGUAUAGCGGAGAUUCCAGUGACACCGAAGAAGACAACAGUUUGAACAGACUGAACAGUGAAGUAAAGGAGGCAGGACAUGAUAUAUGCAACAUGAAUUUCCUGGACGUAGUUGUGUUGUAUGUGCUUGGCUUCACCGUUUGUCUGAUUCUGUACCUCUUCGCAGACAGCAAAUACUUAAAACAUGGACCAGUAGGAAUAUUACGAAAACUUGCUUGGAGGCUGUUAAGACAUGUUGUACCUUGGAAAUGGAUAGAAGCUGUUUUAACCAAAACACAUAUCUUGCUUAACUCAAGGAACCAGGUUUUCCGUAUGAUGUUUGGAACUAUGAUGGUCCUUGGCCAUGUUGAAUACAUUCUUGACAUUGUAUCAAUGCUGUAUAGAUACAAACCUGAUGAAAACCAUGUCAUAAUUCCAAUAUGUCUGGUAUUCCUGAACCUCUUUUUCUAUCAUAAAUGCUGCAUGGAAGAUCCAGGCAUAAUUAAUGCUAGGACCCUUGACAGAUAUAAGAAUGUAUAUCCUUAUGAUAACAAGAUGUUUAAACCAGGGGUAAAGUGCGUAACCUGUCAACUAGAGAAACCUGCCAGAUCCAAGCAUUGCAGUAUUUGUGACAGGUGCAUUCACAGAUUUGACCACCAUUGUAUCUGGACUAACAAUGAUGUGGGUGGACUAAAUCAUGGGACUUUUGUGCUCUUUCUCUUGACUUUGAUUGCCAUCAUGAUUAAUGGUGUUUGGGUCGCUAGCAGAAGUCUCUUGCUAUAUACAGAACACUACAAGCUAAUGCACACCUCAGUCAUGGUAGCAGAUGGUCCUAUACGAAACAUCACCUUAUCCAUUCUUUUUCAGCAUUUGUUCAUGACUUUCCCCAGGAUUGUGUUCAUGCUGGUUGCUUUUACAUUACUUAUUCCAAUGGUUGGAACAUUCACUUCGUAUCACAUGUUUCUCAUCAUUGUUAAUCAGACGACGAACGAGAGAUACAAGCGUGUGUAUAACACGGACUACAAUCCAGUGGAAACUAUUAUACUUCAUAAGGCAACACAUAGGAACUCUAACAAAAAGACUGUUGGGAAAUUGCCGCAAUUACAAAAGACCUAUAGUAGAGGUUUGCUGAAGAAUCUUUAUGAAGUAUUCUUCAUUAAGGCAUUUCUUUUGGGCAGAAGGAAACAGAAAUAGACUAAAUGCAGAAAGAAAUCAUCUUAAUCUUUCUUCUGAUUUUAGGCCAUUGUUUACAUCACAGUGGGUCUUUUUGACGUCACCAGCAAGGGAGAUAAGCCGCGAUGAUCACAUAUCUCUGAGAUUGAAUACAUUUGAUCAGCUGUUACAUGUGUGACGUUAUCUUGCAUUAAUAAAAAAUUAAAAACGAA